AUGACACCCUUUGGGAUGGUGCUGUGUCUCUCAAACGAGGCCCUACAUAACUGUCUAUUGCAAAACCCUAAUCAUCUCCCAAAUAAUAUCUUUCUGUGAAUUGCUAAUUAAAUUCAAAGAACUUCUACUCUCUCUCUUCCUCUCUACUCAAGAACAGAUACACUUUAUUACUCCUCUGUUUCUUGUUGGGUUUAUCGCACACUCCUUUUAAAUCAUGGCGACGAGGCUUAUGUUUGAGAACUCAUGUGAAGUUGGAGUAUUUUCCAAGCUCACUAAUGCUUAUUGUUUGGUAGCCAUUGGUGGCUCUGAAAGCUUCUACAGUGCAUUUGAGUCCGAGUUAGCGGAUGUUAUCCCUGUGGUUAAAACGUCCAUUGCUGGCACUAGGAUAAUUGGCCGCCUUUGUGCUGGAAACAAAAAUGGGCUUCUCUUGCCUCACACCACCACUGACCAAGAACUUCAACAUUUGAGAAACAGUCUACCCGAUAAUGUUGUGGUUCAGCGCAUUGAAGAGAGACUAUCUGCCUUAGGAAAUUGUAUAGCCUGCAAUGAUCAUGUUGCUCUAACACAUACAGACCUUGAUAAGGAAACAGAGGAAAUGAUUGCAGAUGUUCUUGGUGUAGAAGUUUUUAGGCAGACAAUUGCUGGUAAUAUUCUCGUGGGCAGCUACUGUGCCCUCUCCAACAGAGGUGGUCUGGUUCAUCCUCAUACAUCUAUAGAAGACUUGGAUGAACUUUCAACCCUCCUUCAGGUUCCUUUAGUGGCUGGAACUGUAAAUCGUGGCAGUGAAGUGAUAGCUGCUGGCAUGACUGUGAAUGACUGGACUGCAUUCUGUGGGUCGGAUACUACAGCUACUGAACUCUCUGUCAUUGAGAGUGUUUUCAAGCUCAGGGAAGCUCAGCCCAGUGCGAUAGUUGAUGAGAUGAGGAAGUCAUUGAUUGACAGUUAUGUUUAAGUUGUUAAUGUUGGUUGUGGCAAGCUGUUAAAUGGUAUCUAAUCUCUUUUAUAAAGAGCGAGCAAAAUGUAUGUUCAUGCUCAACAAUAUGUUUUCUGACUUCAACAGAAAGAAUAUAAGAAUUGUAUCCUUUUCA